AUGACCUCAAUCGUUAAGCAACUCGGACACCAGAACGAUCACUUUCCUAAGACGAGCGCCAAAAAGCCUGCAAACGAGAUGGACAAGAAGUCGAAGAAGGAGCCGACAACUCAACCACCAUACAAGGGCAGAAAAAACAACACCAGUUGCCUCGACUCUGAACCUUGGGCCAUGAGCAAGUACGGCGGCCUGGGAGGUAAUGCUCAAAACCUGGAACUGCAACAGAAAGACGUAUGGGCUGUGGAGGCUAUCGUGGAUGAGGACCGGCGGAGCUACAAACUACGCUGGGCAGGUGUAAAUAACGCCACGGGCGAAAAGUGGCCUGAUAGCUGGGAGCCCAAGAAAAAUGUGGGAAUGGCGGUUAUAAGGGAAUGGAAGGAGCGCAAUGAGGUGGGCGGGGAUGGGCAAGCAGAACAAGCGGCAACGGGAGGAGAUGACGAAGAUUGA